AUGUCGUCGCAGCUCCCCAACCUGAUGGAGGGUCUCUCCAUCAACAAUGGUAGCGCAGCCCGAGCACCACCUUCACCGGGAAACCGACUCCCGCCCCUCAUGAAGAAGUACAUGAACCCUGGCCUUGUGCGACCCCCAAACGCUGGUCUCGCUAGCCAUCAUGCCGAAGCCCAGCGGGCGGCUCUGCUCAACCUCGCCAGUGCGACCAACGUUCCCGCCAAGCAGUCUUCUUCCACGUCGUCCAAGCCUACUUCACCAAAGUCGUCCAAGCAUUCGCUCCAGCAGCACACCGCCCACGGCAUACACGGCCCUGCCCACGCCACGGCCUCUCGCACGCAGGCGUCGUCCAUCAACCCUUCCUCCUCGCACCACCAACCCGCCGCCGCCGCCGCCGCCCCCGCCUCAUCCGCAUCCCGCAAGGCGGAUAUUGGCAAAUAUGAUGGAGGCUUUGAGAUCGAUGAGGCUGGCAAGGAAGCCGUCACUGGCGAAGCUGGCAAGCUGCUGGAACUCGACAGUGGUGCCGUCAACGGAACCGUGUCGCUUUCGCUGCCAUCCUUCCAGAUCGGCCGUCCACUUGGCAAGGGCAAGUUUGGUCGUGUCUACUUGGCCCGUACCAAGACCGCCCCGCACUUUAUUGUUGCCCUCAAGUGUCUCCACAAGCAGGAGAUUGUGGCCGGCAAGGUUGAGAAACAGGUCCGUCGCGAGAUUGAGAUCCAGCAGAACCUCCGUCACCCCAACAUCCUCCGCCUGUACGGCUACUUCCACGACUCGAAGCGUAUCUUCCUCGUGCUCGAGUUUGCCGCCAAGGGCGAGCUCUACAAGCAGCUCUCCAAGCUGGGCCGCUUUGACGAGAAACGCUCGAGCAGAUACAUUGCCCAGAUGGCAGAUGCGCUCGCCUACCUUCACAAGAAGCACGUCAUCCAUCGUGAUAUCAAGCCUGAGAACCUGCUCAUUGGUGAGCUUUCUUGCAUGCAGGAGACGAAAACUAACAUGUCAGGCUUAAAGGGAGAGCUCAAGAUUGGUGACUUUGGGUGGAGCGUCCACGCCCCGUCCGACCGUAGGCACACCCUCUGCGGUACCCUUGAUUACCUCCCGCCAGAGAUGGUCGAGGGCAAGGAGCACAACGCCAAGGUCGACCUUUGGGCUCUCGGUGUUCUUUGCUACGAGUUCAUUGUCGGUGCCCCACCGUUCGAGGACUUGUCAGGCCACGGUGCUACGUACAAGCGUAUCCGUAAUGUCGACCUGCACGUUCCGGACUAUGUCUCCGCCGAGGCUGCCGACCUCAUCACACGACUGCUGCAAUACAACCCCGAAGACCGUCUUCCGCUUGCAGAUGUGCUCCGCCACCCGUGGAUCAAGAAGUACGAGAAGAAAAAGUCGUCGUCUAUCGGUACCUCCCGCCAGUCUUAA